AGGGAAAAAAUUGACGUUACAUAAAUAGAAAGUUGCUUCGCCUCGGCUGCACUUUCUGAAAUUUGAAGAGAAUUAGAUAUAUUCUUUGGACGUUGGAGGGAGAAAGAGAGCGAGAUCGCGGUGCAGGCAGGUGUAGAAAGUGCGCGUUCCAAGUGUUACCCACGUGUAUCUCGGCCCGAAAUGAGCGAAGCCACGCGUUAUAUCAGUCUCACUGAUAUGACGGGAAAAAAUCGAGGAGGAUGAAAAUUUAUGAAACGAUGAAAAAUACGCGCUAGUGAGUCACCCGCUUGACUCGCGUAGCCUCGAAUAAUUCGCAUGGCGGAUUAAAAACAGGCGUGUUAACAUGACGCAGAUCAUCGCGGUGUUGUCCGCGAUUCCUAGGUUAUCUCACCAUCUGCGACUGCGACUGCCGAGCCUGUGCUUCAACGACGUUUCGCCAGGGCAAGCAGAUACCUUGUCCAAGCUUAACGCAGCAGAAAUAUUAGUGGCUGAUUGUGAUUUAUUGGUACCUUACGCAAACAAAUUAACAUCGGUCAAAUGGAUACAAGCGACAUGGGCUGGCUUGGAAAAAUUUACUUCACAUGUACAGAACACAGAAAGAAAUUAUGUACUCACUCGUUUCUCUGGUGAAUUAUUUGGGCUAGCCAUGUCUGAAUACGUAAUCGCGCAGAUUGUCAACUUUGAGCGUGAUCAAAGACAACAAUAUGAGAAUCAGAAGCUUGCUGUGUGGAAACAAGAAGGCAAAUUGAUAAAUCAUAGGCACAUACGUGAUUUGACCAUAGGAAUCUUAGGACUAGGAACAAUAGGAAAGUGCGUGGCACAAAAAUUAAAGUUGUUUGGCGCGACUAUCUGGGGAAUGACAAGCAGUACUCCAAAGGAAAAAUUAUCAUAUCUUGAUGAACAUAGAACUGUAGAUGGCUUGCAAGAUAUUUUAGAGAAUUGCGAUUAUAUCAUUAAUAUAUUGCCGUCCACUCCAAAUACAAAUGGGCUUUUAAAUGGAACUGUUUUGCAGCAUUGCAAAGCCAAGAAUACUGUUUUUAUUAACAUAGGACGUGGUUCUGUUAUUAAAGAAACCGAUCUGAUAAAUGCUCUGGAACAAAAGUGGAUUUUGGCUGCUAUUUUAGAUGUAUUUGAGAAAGAACCAUUAUCAAAGGAAAAUAAACUAUGGAAUUUUCCACAAGUGACUAUCUCGCCACACAAUUCUGGUGUGACAGUUUUGCAAGAUGUUGUAGAACAAUUUGCUGUGAAUUAUGCCAAGUACACGAAGAAAGAAAGUAUGAUAAAUGUGUUUGACUUUAAUAAAGGCUAUUAAUUUUGUAAUAUAUUUAUAUAUUAU